UUCUUCUAAUUAUCCAUUUUUUCCACUCGUAAUUCGGAUGACAUAUUUCGCUAUCCUCUCCCGUCCGGCGGUGAAAUUAGGGUUUCGAUCAUUCUCCUCUGUCGAUUAACCUGCACCGAUACCGAUACGGAUUUUGCUGUUCUGGUUGUAAUGGCAAAUCGUACGGACCCAGCUGCGAAAAACAUAAGGGGGACGAAUCCGCAGAACCUGGUGGAGAAGAUUCUUCGCUCCAAGAUCUAUCAGAACAAUUACUGGAAGGAGCAAUGUUUUGGUUUGACGGCGGAGACAUUGGUCGACAAAGCCAUGGAGCUCGACCAUCUCGGUGGUACAUAUGGUGGCAACCGCAAGCCCACGCCAUUCAUGUGUCUCGUCAUGAAGAUGCUCCAGAUUCAGCCGGAGAAGGAAAUCGUCAUCGAGUUCAUUAAGAACGAAGACUACAAAUAUGUUCGGGUUCUUGGUGCCUUUUACUUGCGACUCACUGGGACUGAUGUUGAUGUGUAUCGUUACCUGGAGCCCCUGUACAACGAUUAUCGGAAAUUGAGGAGAAAAUUAGCUGAUGGAUGUUUUUCUUUAACACACAUGGAUGAAGUCAUUGAUGAACUUCUUACAAAAGAUUAUUCAUGUGACAUUGCUCUGCCACGUGUCAAAAAGAGAUGGACCCUUGAAUCUAGUGGUUCACUGCCUGCAAGGAAAAGUGCUUUAGAAGAUGACUUUGAGGAGGAGGAAGAAAAAGAGGAUGUUGAGCCAAUCAAUGAUUCUUUGGAAGGUGAUAUUCAUGAAAAGAAUUAUUAUCGAGGGAGAAGUCCUGUGCGGGAGAGGGACAGAGACAGAAGGCGUGAUAGUCACAGACACAGGGACCGAGAUUAUGAAAGAGACCGGGAUAUUGAUAGAGAUCGGGGUCGUGGAAGGGAAAGAGAUAGAGAUCGAGAAAGGGAUCGGGAUAGGGACAGGGAUAGAGACAGAGAUAGGGAUAGGGAUCGCUAUCACCUUAGGGAUGAGAAGGAAUAUGGCAGGGAUCGAGAUAGGGAAAGAGAAGGCAGGGAGAGGGAGAGGGAGAGGGAGAGGCGUGACAGAGAUCGUGGUCGGAGAAGGAGCCAUUCAAGGAGUCGAAGUAGGAGUAAAGAUCGAGAGGAUGGGGAGUACCGGAAGAGACACACCCGUAGCAGCGUUAGUCCUAGAAGAAGGAACGGGGUGGAGGAUAGAGAGGAGCCGAAGAGGAAGAAGGAAAAGAAAGAGAAGAAGGGAGACGGGGCAGGCGAGGAAGACCCCGAAAUCGCAGAAUGGAACAGAAUUCGUGCUUCUCUUGGAAUGGCACCUCUGAAGUAGAUGUUUUUUCUUCUUCUUCAGUUUCAAUGAAGUGCGAGUGAAUUAAUGUUGCAUAACUGAAGUUAGAGGUUGUUGUCCAUGUCAGUAUGAGUUUGAGCGCCUAGAGAGGCUUAAGGUUCUCUGUUUUCUGUAUAAUAUUUCUUUGGUGAUAUUACUGUCUUUGUUGAAUGAUAAUAUAACUUACAUUUUGGAAUA